UUUGCAACGCACCUUCGUCUACUGUAUAAACAUCUAUUCACACAACUCCUCUUACGACCGUUACGACCGUUUGAACCUCUACCAUGUCUGGACAACCACCCAUCUUGACCGCUGAGACUGGCACACCCGCGUCUGAGUGGGCAAAGUCUACCACCACCGCCGCCUUUUGGACUCCUCGGCUUUGCCAGCAGAGUGCCGUCUCGACUCCUGGCGGCGAUAUACCAGGCGCAUACCCCUGUGACGAGAACAUCGGCAGCACGGCCGCCAACACUCAGCCCUUCGGCCAGGCUGCAAAGAGUGCUGUGCAGAGCGUCACCGAUGCCGCCGCACAAUAUAUCCCAGCUGCCAAGAGCAUGCACUCGCACUCACCGUCCUCAACAGCUGGUGCCGGCACCACCACGGACGGCGCCGUCCGUGCAUCAGAGCACGACAACUCGCAUUCGACCUCGCUGCCCUCGAACGAAACUGAGGGAGCGCAGCCGCGGGAGCAUGUUGGGGGCGCGGGGGCGCUCCCCGGCUGGUAUUCAGAAGCGGGAGUCACCAAGCUCCCCGACGAGCGCAACUCUAAUGGCCAGAGCUCGGUGAUCCCAAACUCAACGAAUCAAAGCGCAAUGACUCAAUCCAGCACAUACCCGGCGUCGCCUUACCCGGCUACAGCAUCGCCUGAUACCUCCACCGCAUUGACGACCCCUACAAUCGCCGUGACAGCCCGCACCUCACUUCCUUCGCAAGAGCCGGUAGGUCAGCAGCCGUUUACGCACCAGGAUGGGGCCGGCUCACUCCCAGGCCUCAAUCGAGAGGCAGGCGUCGCCGCCUUGCCAGACGAGUUUGGUGGCCCCAUUGGCACGACAGGUGCGACGUCUGGAGCGACCGGCACGCACCCGCGCGACUAUGCGGCACAGCCGGCGCUCGCGAGACCCGGCGACGAGGCUGGGAAUGAGAGUCUCGGCCUCGGCGAGAGGCGGGCUGGCAAAGAUGCGGUUGGCGGCGUCGGCUCACUUGUCGGAGGCAAGGGAGAGGAGGGCGUUGCAGUGCUACCUGACGAGAAGGUCGCAGGAACUGCGGAUACUGGCGUGAGUGCGCACGGGAAGGGAGAAAAGCUGGCAGAGAUGGACGAGUCUGAGCGCGAGGAGCGGUACAAGAGGAUGAACGCGCAACCCGAUGCCAAGCAUGAGGCUCAUGGGGCGGAGAGCAAGGUGAGCUAUCGUUCUGCUUCAGAGGGCGACUCGAGUGCGAGCUGCGGUGUCCGCGAGGAGAACGGCGAGGGGAAAGAGACGCGAAUGGACUUGUUGCACCUAAACAUCCAGCCCCGCACAUACACGUUGGGCACGCCCAACGCGACGUGGCAUGGCAUCGGUGUUGGUGCAAAUUCCGGCUACCAGGAUGGACGAGAGGUAGACAUCGCGGAUGCGCUGUUUGAUGUGGAAGAGGGCGACGGCUAUGAUACAGACUACCAUCCGGCCCAGCUGCAUCCGAUACCCAAAGAUGCCCCUGCCGCGGGCACCGGCGCAGCCCCGCAGGAGCAAGAUGUCGCGACAAAAGGCGAUGCGACGAAAGAGGGCAACGAGGAGGGCGGCGCUGGGGUGCCGGCUGAGCAUCAUGGAGACAAGGUCAAGAAGGCGGGCUUCCUCGACAAAAUGAAGGGCGAGGCAAAGGUGUUGAUGGGCAAGAUGGAGGGGAAGAAGGGUGUCGCGAAGGUCGAGGAGGGGCGGCGCGUGAAGGCGGGUGAGGCGUAAAUCCUAUGCAGACUUGAGCACUUGCAUGCCGAUUGUACCACCGACUAAUGUGUGCCUGUAAUGAU